AUGUCUUCAAAGUACGCCUCUUCCCAUCUUUCUCCUCAAGGUCCUGGGGAUGCUCGUCCUACAGCCCUUCAAAUCAUCAAAGACGAGGGUGUUGAAGACAAGCUCUCUGACAAGGUUGUCCUCAUCACUGGCUGUUCCUCCGGCCUAGGAGUUGAGACGGCGCGUGCGCUGUUGGUGACAGGUGCAACAUUGUACCUGGCGGUUCGCAAUCCCGCCAAGGCGAAAGCUGCCUUGGGCGACAUGUCCCAGAACGACCGAGUCCAUCUCUUGACGCUUGACCUGAAUGAUCUCACGAGCGUCAGGGCCUGCGCCGCAGACUUCGCGACAAAGAGCAAGAUCUUGAACAUCCUCAUCAACAACGCGGGUGUUAUGGCGACACCUGAGGGCAAGACUUCCGAUGGAUUCGAGACCCAGUUUGGCACCAACUAUGUCGCCCACUUCCUCUUCUUUCAACUCCUCAAACCUAUUCUUGUUGCCUCCUCGACUCCAGAAUUCCCUUCGCGGCUAGUCAACGUCUCUUCAAGCUUGCAUAGAGCCUGCGAGGUCCAAUUUGACAAUUUUAAUUGGACGGGAAACUACGACCCCUGGAAGGCUUAUGGCCAGAGCAAGACUGCUCUUGUAUGGAUGGCCAACGAGGUGGAACGCCGAUAUGGAUCUCAACACCUCCAUGCCUUCAGUCUCCAUCCAGGGGGCAUCUUGAGCGGUCUUCAGCAACAUGUCCCUGUCGAACUGAAGGAGGCAUGGGGGAGGAAUGAGGCCCUCGCCAAACAUUGGAAGAGCGCUGAGCAGGGAGCCGCGACUACUGUGUGGGCGACGGUCAGCAAGGACUUGGAGGGCCGGGGUGGUAAGUAUCUUGAGGACUGCCAAAUCAUUGAUGCAUGGGAUCCCGCAACUGGUGAUGCUGGCUCGGGAUACGCUACGUGGGCGUACGACCAGGAGAAAGCUGAGAGGCUGUGGUCAUUGGGUCUCAAGCUUGUCGGGCUACCAGAUGCCGAGUAA